UGCUUGAAUGUAUCAAUGCGCAAGUUGAUUGUUGAUGUUGUGGUUUGCGUGUGUACGUAAAUGAUGUAAAUAGACUCGCAACGAAGAAUGGAACAUGUCGCAGUGCACUGGGGAGAAAUGCCUGAGUCACAGAAUAUUGGUGCAGACACAAUACCAGUGGAACUCAGAAACUUGCUCAUUCUCAAGGCUAUGAAACCUGACCCAUUUAAGCUUCAUCAGCCAUGUAAGCAAGAGGACAGCUUGUUUGAGGUUCCACAGGAGUGCACCUCAAUGGACAGCACUGUGUUACAUACAGUUCAGUUGUUACAGCACUGUAAAACAUUACAAAGUUUGAUCAGACUGGCAGAACAGAGUAAUGAAAGUGACUCUGAAGUACCAAAACCUCUUCCUCCAGCUCCCCCAGUUCCAGAGAAGCCUGAAAGAAUUCAGAGUUAUGAAUAUAACUUCCCCUUAAGGUAUAUGGAAAAGAAGUUUAGCACAUUCUCUGAAGGGCAAGGAUCACCACCUCCAAGACUGAGUUCCAACUCUGCAAAGAAGAUCCUACGAAAAUCAGUUGCAACAUUAUUCGCUCAUAUAGGAUAUGAUAAUGCCUCUCAGUGUGUUUUAGACACCAUGACAGAUGUGACUGAGGAAUACAUCCAAAAAUUUACUCAUCUUCUUAGGGUUGCAGUGGAUCAGGAGAGUGUAUCUGGUUCUGCAGGGUUUCCGGAUGCCAUGGAACGUGUAUUUUAUGAGAUGGGGGUAGGAAGUGUAAGAAACCUACAUGUGUUUUAUCAGAUGAGAGUGCUGAAAUAUCAUGAGCGGAUGUUACGGGAAUGUAACAGGCUACAUGAUGAAUAUGCUAGUCUUGCAUUGCCAGCUCUGAGGCCUGCCAAUGAUUGCCAGAUUAUCAGAUGUGGAUCCAGUGAGACUGUGAAUGAAGAAGAUGUUCCAGAGAUUCAUUUCCCAGCAUUAGGUGAUGGUUACUCAGCAGAUGAAUUACAGCCGUCACUUGAACCAGGCUUCCAGAUGUUGCAUAGCUUGGAGCAAGAUGAACAAUUACAAAAUCUUGAACCAGAAGAGGAAAUAAAUGUCAGUGAUUCACCUGCUCAGCAAGUGAUUCUCCAGAGAGUAUCAUCUGAUUCCUGUCAGCAAGUCACAUCGGCCGGAUGCUCAAACAAGAACAGAAAGAAGAAGAAGGCUUCUGGCAAACCAAAUGAAGUAUUCUUAAAAUCAAAGGAUAUUAAGUGAAUAUUUCUUCUUCUGUCAACAUGUGUGGGAACUAAUUUAAUGUACAAGUUCUGAGGUGAUGCAUCAUAGUUGUUUGUUGCUUCCUUUACAAGUUUGUUUGUUACCAGCUCAUGGGAUGCAAGUCAGCAAGCAAGUUCCUCUGUCAUGAGAAUAUCACAGGCUGGUGCAUGGUCUUACCAAAAGUACCAAUCAUGUUCAAGAAAUUUUCUCAGUAAAACAGAUUUUACAUGAUAUUAUGGUAGCCAUUGGAAGUUUUUCCUACACCAGACAUGUUUCAAAUCAAUAUAACGAAUCUGAGAGAAGUGGAAUCUUGUUAAGUCUAAAUAUAUCUACUGAUGGAGUGGUAAAAUGGGACAUUAGCCAUCAUAUUGAGUUCCCCCAGACAUGGUGCUUUUGCAACUGAAACUAUUUCUGUCAGAUUUAAGGAAGAAAAGGUUCCUACUCAGUAGGACAUGUCAGAGUUGGCCUAAGUCACAGAUUGUUCAAAACCUUUGGAUGUGUGUCUACAGUGGGAAUACUGGUAGAUUCUAACAGGUUCUCACGAUGGUGUAUAACGCUCAGAAUUACCAUGUUAUUGGACUUUAUCUAUCAUCCAGUAUUCUAAAAACUAGAGAACACAACAUAUUGGAAACUGGAUUUCUUUUCUUCCUCAGGUGAGGAC